AUGGGACAAUUCUUAAAUACAUUUGCAGAACCAAGCGUUGGAGCUGUCCUAAAAAAAGCUAAGAAGUCUAGACCGGAGAUUGAGUGGGAAAAGACUAUGGAAGGAACUAUGAAGUUUAAUGUGGAUGGCGCCGCAAACGCAAGUAUGGGGGAAGCCGGAAUUGGAGGAGUACUAAGAAAUUCUAGGGGUGAAAUUAGAAUGAUGUUCUCAAAGUCUAUAGGGGUGGGGGACUCUAGUCUAGCAGAGGUUCUCGCUAUCAGGGAAGCUUUUGUGAUGUUUAUAGCAUCUCAGCGGCGUGACUCUCACAUGUUAGUGAAAAGUGUCUCGCUGAACGCUGUGGAGUGGGUGCAGGAGCCAAAGUCAGCUCCAUGGAGGUUAAGGAAAUGGGUGCUCCAUAUUGAAGCACUAAAGAGAAGGGUAACAAACUGGGCAAUCAAGCAUGUAAGAAGGGAAGCUAACCACCAUGUUGACAACCUUGCAAAAUCUGGGAUAGGUAGAGAGAUCGAUCUGAUCAACACUUGGGUGGAUGGUCCUAACAGUCAAGAGGAAUAA